GAUAACGUCACGGGCUCUGUUUUAAAUAGCCUUUUCCUAGUGUUGUGUGGCGUGUGUGUGGAGUGUGUGUGUGAGAGAGAGAAAGUGUGAGUGAGAGCGUGGUUGUUCAGAAGCUUAGCAUAUUUAGCUAGCGUGAAAGUGUGAGCGCGUGAAUGAGAUGAUAUAAAAUCUCGGCUGGUUGUAUUUUGUAUAUGGUCAUAUUUGGGGUUUUUUUAUAGAAAGAAGACGGAGAAGGUAAACAGAUUUGAGGGUUGAAAGCAGAGCGGUGAAGGUUUUGGAUGUAAACACGGUUCAGAAAUGUCCUUAAGCAGACAGAAGACCAGCAGCCGCGCCAUCCCUGCCACCAGACGGGUGAUCAUCAGCGACGCGGCCCAUCUACCCCAUGAUUACUCCAGCACACCUGGAGGAACUCUGUUUAGCACCACUCCCGGAGGAACCCGAAUCAUCUAUGACCGGAAGUUCCUGCUAGACUGUCGCAGCUCCCCAUUGGCCCACACGCCCCCCACCUGCCUGCCGGACAUCCCUGGAGUGACCAGCCCUCCUACAAACACUGUCACCAACAACAAAACCCACCCUCAAGAGAGCGUCAGCAACAACAGCAUCGCCCCUGUGGACAAGGCCACAGGUGAAGACGCCCAGUUUGAAAUGGACAUCUAGUAACCUCAAACAUCAACAUUACGGCGAUGACAGUCCUAUAAGGAUGAAUGAAACAGAAGAUUUCUCCUGUCAUCUAUGUUCUUUCAUUAUCUGCUGUUGUUUUCCUCCCCGUUAUUUCUGUAUCGAUGCUGUCAUUCCAGACACGCACAAGACACUUGCCAUCGAGCCUCAACACCAGCACACACUGCUGUGCCUAAAUGCACUUGAGUUACUGCCUGUGCUGCUGCAUAAGCUUCUGCUCAAGAUGUGUGAAAUCCAACACUUUUUGCUACAACUUGUGUAGUUUGCUAACAUGACCACUGGGAGGAGCAGUGGUCCGUUUUGAUUUUGAUUUUUGUACCUGGUGCUGGAGAGGGUCAAAGUGUUGAGUCAGAUAACAAAGAAAACAUUUCCCACACUUCCUUUGCCCUGUGACAGUGUUACCUUUUUAUAAUGAAAAUGUAAGAAUUUGUUUCUUUUUCACCUAAAGUGUCAUUCAACAAAAUGUAAAAUGUCUUUUUUUUUUUUUUUUUUUUUAUGGUUUUGGUUAUGCUGUGUAAAUCUCGUCAAUUAUACAAUCUCUAAGGAAUAAAUCCUCCCCUAUGAUUUAUCCAAACAUGGAAAAAUGCAGUGAAUGAGCAGUUAAAAAAAUCAGAGAAUUCAUUCAUCUUUUGGCUUCAGUGUUUUUUGAUGAUGUGAUAAUGACUCACAAUAAAAGCAACAUUUGAAUAAGAA